AUGAACAAGGAUAUGCGGUCUCUUAGAAAACUGGCGAAAUCAACUCAAAAGAAUGAGAACACAAAUCCCGGCAAUACAGUUUCGGAGGAAAAAUAUUUGAGGCUGUCAGAAGAGUACCGGAUGAAAGUAGACGAACUUGAGGCCAAAAACUCGAAAUUGGAAGUAGAAAAGGACGACUGGAAAAGGAAAUUCUCGGAAUUGGAAGCGAAAUACGCAGAAUCAACAAAUAAGAACACAAUCUUGGAGGAAAGUAAUACGGAACUCAAAUCUCGCGUGAAGUCCUUGGAAGAAGACGUCGCCUGGUUAAAACUACCGAAGGACGCUCGACGCAGACAACAACAUAGACAGCAGCGGGAGCGAGCCCAAAACGCAAAGAAAAUCGAAGCCAUUCUCAAGAAUCAACACUUCCAAGAUGAUCCAACGGAAUACACUGUUCCUCCGUCUCGUCGAAACGGCCGCGAAUCGACAGGGUCGAGUACUCCUGGGCGCGUCGAAGAACCUGUUUUCGACAGCAAAUAUCUCAAAAAGUACGACUUUGUGGAUAAAUCGCUCUACGUUCCGACAGAUACGAUCAAGUUCAAAGAAGGCGAGUUCGUGAAGGCCCAACCGCUCCAUCGAUGUUCUACGGGGCAUAUUAAUUCCAUCAAAGAACAACUGAUGGAAGAGAACAAGGAAAACAUGAGCAACCAUGAGCCCGAAAUCGAGACGCAAUCAUUCCGAUUACUGGAUAUCGACUCUGACGAAUUCGAGGGGGAAGAGUCGGAAGAAGAUCUCUCCGACAGUGCUUUCGAAAAAAGGCACGCAAAACUCGAAAUCGCGGAGAGGAAAAUGGUCCAAAAGGACAAAAUCGCGCAGCAGCAGCAGAAAAAACUGAGGCUAGAAGAGAAGGCCAAUGAGGAGAAAUUUCCUUAUCCUCCACAUUUGUACAGUGGUAACGAUAUACAGGCGAUUGCCGUCGGAAAGGAGAAGCCAGCGCUUACUGUAUUUGGUGCUGAGUUGCCUGCUUACGAAGAGAAUUCCUUUUCACUUCCGUGGAUUAUUUCGCAGCAGCAAUUGUACAAGGCUCGCCAGGCCAAGCGAAAGGUCGAGGGUUCAAAGAUAAGGCUAAAUUUUCCCUUUCACAUUUCCGUUUCCAUUUUCAACCCUUCUCAAGUCGGCCAGCUCCGGAGCUCUGUAACGAAAUGA